AUAGUAAUUCCAAGUAUAUUUAUUACCAAUAGGGUGGGGAUCUUUUGAUCAAGUUGCGAUUGACUACCAGCCAUUUACUGUGUUUGAACAGUGGAAAAACUCUAAGCAUUGGUCGCUGUAUAUGACUGUGGUCAAUUUUAACGUGAUCAAACGGGACACUCUCGUACCGAUAAGUAGCAUCAUGUGACAGAUAAAAUCAUUUUAUCCAUUGCUGUUUUGGCAUAUUAUGAAAAAAAUAUACUUGGCGCUUUUUUUUACAUUUUUAAUGUCUUUCUUUAGGUAGUAAUAUUCGGCACUUAACGCUUACCGAAUAUUCGGCAGUGUCAUGAACAAAAUAGAUGAAUAUAUUCAGCAAAUAGCAGAGGCAAACGCAUGAGAGAAUUCCUAUACCACAUAGCGGCAGAUUACCGCGCGGAGGCCCCGGGCCCGGGAGGAUCGCCCGAGGAGAGGUCUGUCAAAAAUGUAGGCGAGGACGGUGAACGAAGAAGUGUGAACCCCAUUAGGCAAGGAGGGAGUCGGUCUGGAAGGCUAGAGUCGCCCGAAUAUUAGCGCAGCUGUAAGGAGUCGACGAGGGACAUUUUUCGCUGGAGAACCGGCCAAUGUCGGGGUCGGGGUCCUGCGAACGCCCUCUUAAUAUUAGUCCUAAGUACAGUGGCACAGGAGCAACCGCGCGGUGAUUAGCUACCACCACGCGCCGAUUAUUACCAUCACGCGCACCCCAAGUGAGGGAGAGGCGCAGAGACGUGAGGAGCGUGAGCGCUAUCGAUCCCAUAUCGAGCAGGAUCAUUCUUUUACGUUUCCCUUGCGACGACGGUUGUCGAAAGCGAGAUUUCGAGAUUUGCUGGUUGGCCGCGUACGGUGAUUGUGAAUAGAUAAGAGUGAUUUCAUCUCGCUCGAGAGAAUAAUAGGGGCGGAUUCUAUUAUAGUACCAAUAUUCUUAUAAAAGAAGAAGAAGAGAGCGAGACACCGACCUCGAGGAGCGAUCCCCGGUUCGGCUGCGAAAGAGCUAGCGAGAGAGAGAGAGAGAGAGAGAGAAAGCGAGGAGUUGUCGCCAACCGACAAAAAAGCUACGCCGAGGAGAAGCUGCCGUGCUGCACCAAGAUCUUGCUCUGAUCGACUUGGUCCAGCUCUGUUUAAUUUGUAGUAUACAAGUCGCAGUCUUGAAUUUAAACAAAAAAUAAAGAUAUAUUUUAAUACGAAUUUGAAAAACAUUGCUAAAAGUUCAUGAAUGUUAUCUCGAUCGACGCAAUUCAAACCUGUUAGCCACUAGGUUCAGUGCUUGAUGUAUUGCACGUGAUAUUGUGAUUUUAUUCAAGAAUCUGGAAGGCUGAGGAAAAGAGGAAAACUAUUGCUCCUCAAGUGAAUAUAUUUGAAAGAAAAUUACGUAUAUUCCAAAAAAGCUUUUUAGUCUUUAGCUCUUGUCUGAGAGUGAUGCACCCCUCACAUUCUGUGGUGUGCGCUUAGACACCAGAGAUAUACGAGACCUACAGUUUAACGGAGAGAUUGUUUCUCGGAAGGCAUUGGCAAAUCACCGAGAGUAUCUAACCAAGAAGACCCCUCAUAAGGCCGUUCGGAACUGGCGUUAAACUAUUUAUCAUGCGGUAAAUAACAUAGCGAUAACGAAAAUAAUUCUUGAGACGUUUAAAUAGAAAAUUUUUAUAAAUUAUUGCAAGAUAUUAGAAACGCUUUACUAAUAAAAUAGUCAUUCAAGGAAAGAGUUUAAGAAAGAAAAAUUUUAAAAUGAGUGUAAACACUAAAAAAAGGAAACGUUCUCUUACAAACAAAAAUGAUAUAGUAUUAAAGAAACUGCGCAUAGAAUUAAUACGCAUAGAUUCAAAUAAGCAAGAGAGUUUAGGAUGUCUUAGUGAUUUACAAGAUGAAUCUAGACAGGAUAAAUUGUAUACAGAUCAUACUCAAUACCACAGACAUCAUUCUUCUAAUUACUUGAUCAAACUUAUGUAUCAAUUAGAUUUGUCAGUACUUUGUUCGCUUAGAAAGUUUAUGUAUGAACAUAAAUAUCCUUCAUUAUCAUUAACGUUUGAAGAUUUUGAAAUUGAUAAAUUUAAUAAUGUUGUUAUUCGUUAUGAAAAGAAGUCAAUUCAUAUACGAAUUGAAUAUGUAGAUGAAUACUAUAUAGAAAAUAGUAUUAGCUAUGGCAAAUUAUUUUCAAAACGCAACUGUUUACUUAAUAGUUAUUUUAAUGUUUUUGCUAAACGUAUGUUGACAACAAAUAAUUCAACAGAUGUAGAAUAUCUCAUUAUUUAUACUAAUUCAAAAUUGGAUCUUACAAAAGAGAAAACAUUUAAAAUAGGACGAUUUAAAACUUUUUAUCCUUUUAAAUUUGAUAACAUACAAAUUGAAGGAUGUGAUAUUUUAAAAGAUUUUCUAUUUACAAAUGAUAAUACACAAGAGGAUGGUUUUUAUCGGUUUUCACAAGAUAUAACAACAAGAGAAAAGCUUCUAAAGCAGUUGGAAUUUUCGUCUUCUAUGAAGAAAGUAGUACAAAAAAGAAAACUUACUCAGGAAUUUGAAAAAGAACUAAAAAAAGCAUUUUUAGACAAAUUUAUAUUUGCAGUUAAUCAGCCCAACAGAGAAAAACUGAGUAGCAUUGUAAAUAUUGAAAUGAAAAAAAGUGGUAAGGUUCAAAACGAUUAUAUAGCACUACAGGAAAGAAUAUUAUGUGACUUAAAAGCUUCAGACAGGAAUAAAAAUUGUGCGGUUAAUAUAUCUGGAAUUAUAUAUCAAUUUAAUAUAUUAAUGGAUUUACUUCAUGAUAUAUUUGUUCAUAAAAAUAUAUUUUCCGUAAACUUUGGCAAAAAUGAUAAUAGCAUUACUACCUAUCAUCAAAAUAGAAUUUCUUACUUAUAUGUUCAUAACGCAGAUACUAAUAUAAGCAGUAGUCAGUUGUAUUCCUUCAGACAGAUAGAAAAUAUGUUCUGUAUCAAUAAGUAUUUUAAGCUGUUUGUUGAAGAACUUAGUGAAGAUAUAGAAUAUUUGAUUCUCUAUAUUAAUGCAAAUUUAGAUCUCACAAAAGAAAAUAGGUUAGAAAGAACGCUAUCUAAUGCUUCCUAUCCUUUAAAAUUUGAUAGUGUAAAUAUCUGUAAGAAAAAAUAUAAAGUUUUAAGAUACAGUCCGUCUAUAAACGAAAAUAAUUUUUACCAAUUCUUGGAAGAAAUAACACGAGAGAAGAUCAUAAAUCUAUUACAGCUGCCACCUUCCUUACAAAAAAUGAAAGAAGAGGGACGACUAUCUAAUGAGAACGAAAGAGAAAAAAAGGUAAAAUUUUUAGAUAAAUUGAUAUUUGCGGUUAAUCAGCCAGAUAAGAUAAAUACUCUUAUUAGAAAUAAGAUAACUAAGUUAAACAACUACCCAUACAGCUAUGAAGAAUUACAUGAAAUAACAUUACGUUGGAUAGAGUCCCAUGAAUUCGGUUCUCUUACACACAAAAUAAUGAAGAAACUUCUUGAAGAAAUAAAAAAUAAUAAAUCCAGUUAUCAAACAAUUCAAAGCAAACACAUCAAUAAUGAAAUUAAACUUGCUAGAAGUGUUAAUCGCAGAGCAGGAACAUCUGAAUUUAAUAAGUUUUUAGACUUUUUAAUUAAAGGCGAAGGACUAAAAUAUCUAACUGUUUUGAAAAGGAACAGAAUAAAUGUAGCUAAUGUGUCCAGUAUUUUAAAUGGAUCAGGCGCUAAAGCUCCUAAAGCAUUCAAAGACUUACAUGAUCUGUGGUUCAAUGAAGAAGGACAUAAAACAAAAUAUUUAAAAUCUCUAGAGAAAGAGGGAAUAAAUGUAGCUAAUGUGUCCAGUAUUUUGAGUGGAUCAGGCGUUAAAGCUCCUAAAGCAUUCAAAGACUUAUAUGAUCUGUGGUUCGAUGAAGAAGGACAUAAAACAAAAUAUUUAAAAUCUCUAGAGAAAGAAAAAAUAGAUCUAAUUAAUGUGUCCAGUAUUUUAAGUGGAUCAGGCACUAAUGCUCCUAGAGCAUUCAAAGACUUAUAUGAUCUGUGGUUUGAUGAAAAAGGACAUAAAACAAAAUAUUUAAAAUCUCUAGAGAAAGAGGGAAUAAAUGUAGCUAAUGUGUCCAGUAUUUUAAGUGGAUCAGGCACUAAUGCUCCUAGAGCAUUCAAAGACUUAUAUGACCUGUGGUUUGAUGAAGAAGGACAUAAAACAAAAUAUUUAAAAUCUCUAGAGAAAGAGGGAAUAAAUGUAGCUAAUGUGUCCAGUAUUUUAAAUGGAUCAGGCACUAAUGCUCCUAGAGCAUUCAAAGACUUGUAUGAUCUGUGGUAUGAUGAAAAAGGACAUAAAACAAAAUAUUUAAAGUCAUUAGAGAAAGAGAAAAUAAAUUUAACUAAUAUGUCCAGUAUUUUAAAUGGAUCAGGCACUAAUGCUCCUAGAGCAUUCAAAGACUUAUAUGACCUGUGGUUUGAUGAAGAAGGACAUAAAACAAAAUAUUUAAAAUCUCUAGAGAAAGAGGGAAUAAAUGUAGCUAAUGUGUCCAGUAUUUUAAAUGGAUCAGGCACUAAUGCUCCUAGAGCAUUCAAAGACUUGUAUGAUCUGUGGUAUGAUGAAAAAGGACAUAAAACAAAAUAUUUAAAGUCAUUAGAGAAAGAGAAAAUAAAUUUAACUAAUAUGUCCAGUAUUUUAAAUGGAUCAGGCACUAAUGCUCCUAGAGCAUUCAAAGACUUAUAUGACCUGUGGUUUGAUGAAGAAGGACAUAAAACAAAAUAUUUAAAAUCUCUAGAGAAAGAGGGAAUAAAUGUAGCUAAUGUGUCCAGUAUUUUAAGUGGAUCAGGCGCUAAAGCUCCUAAAGCAUUCAAAGACUUAUAUGAUCUGUGGUUUGAUGAAGAAGGACAUAAAACAAAAUAUUUAAAGUCAUUAGAGAAAGAGAAAAUAAAUUUAACUAAUAUGUCCAGUAUUUUAAAUGGAUCAGGCACUAAUGCUCCUAGAGCAUUCAAAGACUUAUAUGAUCUGUGGUUUGAUGAAAAAGGACAUAAAACAAAAUAUUUAAAAUCUCUAGAGAAAGAAAAAAUAGAUCUAAUUAAUGUGUCCAGUAUUUUAAAUAGCUCAGGCGCUAAAGCUUCGAAAGAAUUUAAAGACUUAUAUGACCUGUGGUUUGAUAAAGAAGGGAAUAAGACACCAUAUUUAACCUCCGGAGGUCACAGUGGGUCAAUUUAACUCCUAUUGAACUUGCAAAAGUUAAGUACUGUAUUUUAUUCCACAUCAAAUCUCAAAUAUCUACCGUUUAAAAACAGUGUAACUACAAUAGAUUAGAAAAAUUCUGAUAUGAAAUUUAAACAUUGUAGAAUGCAUUCUCUUUAUGAGAAAUUAACAAUUAAAAUUACACUUACAUUAUGUUAAAAGGAAUAUUUUUUUCAACAUAAGUUGAAAAAGACACGUUUUGUCUAAAUAAUUACAAGUUUUUCAAUAUUUUUGCUAAAACUUUAUGACAAUACUUUUGAAAUACGUUACUUUAAGAAAAAGAUAAUUUUCUAUAGUAAACAAAGAAAUGGAUUUAGUUUGCAUACAAUUUGGCAAUUUUUGGAUAGACAAAUUAUGUUUAUAUAAGAAAAUUAAAUUUAUUAUGUAAAUACCAGUAUAAAAGUAACUUUUUUAAUCUCAAAUGAUACUAAAAUUUAAAAAAAAAUUUGCAAAUUUAUUUUCGCAGCAAUUGUUACAUAAAUACAUGUGAUGAGAGUUGCACACAGACGAAAACAGGAGAACAUUGAUACUUGUUUUUACGAUUUUUUAUAUAAUAGCGUAAUGCACAACAACUCUCUUUGCAAUAAAGGUCUAUUAUUUCUUGUGCAGGAUUAGAUACACCGUCCUUUAGCUUUUUUCGAAUAACGUGGAUUCUAUUUCGAUCAAAGGCGGGUUAUAUAAUAAUUGUUUUAAUGUAAUAAUAUCACAUGCUCUAUUUUAAGUUCUAAUAGAAUGAUUCCAACACAUAGCGAUUUGCAAUAAUUAACAUCCCGUUAAUUAUUCCGUAGUAUGUAAAAUGGUAGAGAACGUUUCUGUUUAGUUCGACCUGCUCCAUCAGCUUGUGAGCAAACAAAAUUUGUAACAAAUUUUCAGAGUAAAUCCAAAAACUUGUUUCAGUUCUCGAAAGAUUAAGAAAAAAUUGAAACAGAAUAAAAAUCAUCAAAACUAAAAUAUGCAUAUAUUACAAUGUAAUAUAAAAUUGAUAUAUAUAUAUAUAUAUAUAUAUAUAUAUAUAUAUAUAUAUAUAUGUAAUAUAUUUUGACUGUCAAUCGUAUACAAAUUGUACUUGCGUUUUCUUAGAAAUCACUACUAGUUGCAAUAUCAUUAUUUUGAGUAUUAAAAUAUUGAUGUUUCCGCUAUCGCGUGAUAGAAAUAAUUAAAAAAAUUUUUUACUAACAGUUGCUAACAAAGUUUUCAGCUUAAAUUAGCUUGAAAUCAUUUAGUUUAACUUGAUAUUAUAAUUGCGUAAUUGUAUAAACAGAGAAGUGAUAAUAAGAUAAUCAUUGUCGCAAAUAUUUUUUGGUCUAAUAAUGAUAUCUAGAUAAGGCGUUAUUUUUCUUAAAAUUAUUUUUUACUGCAUAUCAAAUUUUUUGUAUGGUUAUAUAUUAUCGUCUUUGUAUUUUGACUAAGCGUUAAAAAAAUUUGCAUUACUACGUUAACUUAAUUGAAACAAUGAAUAGUUAAAAGACAGAGCAAAGCAAGUUAUUGUUGCAGUGAUAUGUACAUUUUAAAAAAGGAAAAUGUACACAAAGAGUGAAUAGAAAAAUGAAAUAUAUUGCGGUAAAGUUCGCAAUAUAUUUCGUUUUCAGGAAAUGAUGUGAAAGUGAUAGAAGAAUGAAUAUAUCUUAAUAUAUUUCUUUUAAUAAACUUGCUUUAAGCUUCUGUCGUAAGUAUUAAGGGCUGAUCUACAACGUGCUCUUUGCUUCCUAUUUCUUGCUUCUUGUCUAUAGCUUCUUUGCUUUUUCGUGCAUUAUUUUAUCGAAAUUUGCGAAGUAAAAGUUGACCAACUCUUUAGAAGAGAUAAGAAACACAAUUAUCGAUAUACGAAAGAAUGGUUUUGUUAAAGUAUCAAACAAUUUAACUGGAUCUAAAAAUAAUUUUGUUAGACCAUCAAGAUAAUUACGUUGAACUCUCAAACUGAUUGCUAGAAUUGUCAAAAUUUUUUGCAGCAUUUCACAUCGUACUUCAGCAUCCGUCAUAAUUAGUUUGAUGGUCCAAUAAAAUUAUUUUCACAUCGUAACGUCAGAUAACGUAACGUAUCCACGUUGAUACUGUACAGCUAAGAAAAAAAAAAACAACAUGGUUGUGAAUUAAUAUGUGUAGUCUAUAAUCUCCAAAGUGAGAGAGUUAUUGUAAAUGUACCGAGGUGUAUAAUGUAUAAUUGGAUGAAAAGAAGAAUAUUCUAUAAAUAAAGAAUAGUAUAUUUUUGGAAUGUA